AUGUCAACAUAUCUCAUCACUGGCGCCAGCAGGGGACUGGGCCUCGCGUUUGUGAAGAACCUUCAAGAACGGCCCCCGAGCGAGGUCUCGAAGGUCUUCGGAACCGUACGUGCCGAGCCGUCGGCGGAGCUACAGCAACUUGCAGACUCGUCCCAAGGUCGUGUUGUCAUCAUCCACAUGAUCCUGACCGACAAGGAGAGCGUCGCCACGGGCGUCGAGCAGGUCAAAGAGAAGCUAGACGGGCGGGGCCUCGACGUGCUCAUCAACAACGCCGGCAUUAUAGAGUACGACAAGAGCGUUGAGGAAAUGGACACCCUGCGCAGAAUGCUCGAGACCAACGUCGAGGCUGUUCACUACGUGACUGCGGCCUUUUUGCCUCUGCUGCGACAAGGGAAGCAGAAGAAGAUUGUAAACAUUGGGUCGAGUGUCUGUUCCAUGGCCCACGCCCGCAAGUGGAUGAUAUCGAAACAAUACGCCUACAAGAUAUCCAAAACUGCCCUCAACGCCCUCACUGUCCAGUAUGCGUACUCCCUCGAGGAAGAGGGGUUCGGCGUCUUUUCCAUUUGCCCCGGCUGGGUGAAAACGGACAUGACAAGUUACACUGCCGACUUGGAUGCUUCAACGUCCGUGGAGGGGGUCCUGAAAGCGACAGCAAAGGAUAACAAGGAUCUGAAUGGCAAAUUCCUCAAGGUCCACAUCCCCGGUAUGGAGGUUCGCCCGGGAGCGUAUCACGAGUACAAUGGGGCGGAAAUCCCUUGGUAG